AUGUAUGGCCAGUUCUCUCUGAUUUCUCGUCUCAUCUCUCCGGCCUUCUCUUGGUCUCACUCUUGCGCCAAUGAACGAAGCAGAACAGGAACAGGAACGUGGGGUGUGCGAGUCCACCAAGAUUUCAAUGGUCUUCCAAGUUUGAGUAUGCUUUCUGACGACAUAUUGGUCGAUCAUAUAUUCGAAUACCUGAUGGUGGAAGAUAUCCUGUGCCUACGAAUGGUCAACAGACUGUUCUACAACCUUACACACCAUGGUAUAAUAUGGAAACGGUUUCUGCGGAGGAUUGGACCCAAUGUACCAGCGUUACCGCCUUCGCAGCAUUAUUCUCCUAAUUUCUUGACCUCGUUUGAGGCUGAACGAUUAGUCAUUCGCGCGAUUACGGUCCACAAGAACUGGAUCCUGCCAAAUCCGCCUGCCACCUCCUAUCUCCCUGUGCAGGCACAUAGGCACAUAUUAUCAAUGGUCGUACUUCCCGGCGGAAAAUACCUUGUCGCUUCUGCAUGCAAUCUUGCCAAAACUCACUACAGCUUGGUUGUAUAUGUUCUUGAUCACCGUAUCUGUGGCAUUGUUCCUCUAGCAGAAACACCUGUCCGAGGGAAAGCGUAUAAUAUAUGUGCCAAGUACAUGAACGUGGAAGGCACGCCAAGCAUUGUUAUCGGAUAUAUUCGCAGGAAGACGUUGAAAAGUCAUCAAAGUCCUAACAGUAUUGAUCCCUCCAUAUACAAUCCGUACCUGAACAACCCACGGUGUCAAAUCGACGCUCCAAUGCCGCUGGAAUACGUCGCGACGUGUUUACAGAUAUCCCUUGAUGCACUAGAUGCGUUAGGAAAUCCUAUCCUCGUGCCUGGCUCUCAAGAGUUUUUCGACUUUGCUGCAUCACAACCCCCGCCAUUUCGCUUCCUCGGACACCUUCGCAGCGAUUCAGAGCUUCGAAAUGUUGAUCUUGGCGAAGUCGAUGGCGUUCCGAACAUGGUAGUCGCCAGGAUGCCCGAAACCAUUGUAAUGAAGGAACUAACUUUUGAUGGUGCCAUAUCUACUUUUAAAUGCGCGCGCGAAAUCACGCUUUCACAACAGGAGCAACCUAUUUGUAACUUCCGGUUAUUGCCUUUACAAGGGCAAAUUCUCGUCGUGCGCUCCACGAAUCGUCCCCGAUUAGCACCAUCCAAUCCCUCGCCUGGUGGUCCACCUAUCAUUCCUGAUGUUAUGUUCACUGUCGCCAUGUUUCCCACGCCAGACCCUGGGGAUACAGAAGCAGGAGAGUUUAACCCGCUUUCAAUUGCCUCCUUUCACGGGAAAGAUAUUGAAGAUUUUCAAAUAAGUGACCCACAUGUGCCCAAUGACCAAGGUCGAAAUUUCUUGCCGCCUCCUAUCAAUAUCUUCUACAGGAAUGAAAGCGGGGGUCGUAUCUGCCACAUGAUCAUUUCGCCAACCCCACGAGAGAGCGCGCCCGAGGCGUUUAGAUCUACAGGAAAACCACAUUACGCUAUCACGAACCUGAGGUCCAACAUGAUGCACCGCCUAUCCUUCAAAAAUGACGAAUCUAGAACAGUAUGCAGAACAUUCGUCAUCCCAGGGUGUCUGCGCUCUUUAUUCUACUCCAUUCCACGCGAUAAUCGAUCAGACACGCUUUCGGUCCGCAACUUCUCCGGCCAUCUUCUAUCAAAACGAGGCGAUGAUGCCUAUAGUAUUAUGCGGCGCGAAACGCUGCAAAAUAUUCUCCGAAAUGUUCCCAAGCACCGCGAGAAUAUGCUGGGACAGUUUAAUCUGCCUUCAUAUAUCCUCGAUCAUAUUCGUGAUGGUGUGACAGCGAUAGCCUGGGACGAGGGCACUGGGCGUAUCUUUUAUUCCAAGCCACACGAGACGAUGCUGCACAUACUUGAUAUGGCACAAACGCCAUUGGAAACGAUAAGUGGGCAGCGUCAUCCAAUCCCUUUGGAGGAUGAGCGCAUGCUCGAUUUGUGA